GUCAAAAUGGCUUCAUUUAUCACUCGUGCGGAACGUUCUGGUAAUAUUUUUUCGCGAGUCACUGGACUCAUCCGUGCUGGUCAACUGAACUGGGCAGAUCGUCCUUUGUGGUAUGAUGUGUACGUUUCAUCUCCACCAUUAACACCGCCAGAUUGGAAUGUAAAAUUAGCAAAGUACGACGAACCAAUUCGCUCUAUUUUCUACGAGGAAGAUGUUCUCAGAGCAAAGUUCUACAAGACAUACAGAAGUACGGCUGGUAUUCAAGUGGAUAGCUCAAGAACAAGCGUCUCUCAGCAGUUCAUCAACGAAUAUAAACUAGUCAAAUCAGAAAAUGCAGAGGCAACAGAUGAUCAGUUGUUCGAGAUGACACAAAAACGUCUCAACGAGAAUGGAAUCGUUUUGAAAUAAAUGCUAAGUUAUAGUUUGUAGUUGUUCAUAAAUUUGUUUUU